AUGGUAACUCUGGCAGUCCUGGCUUUCCUGCUCUCAGAUGACAUUUUUAUUUUUGCACUUUCCACAGAUGCUUCCUCACAGACUCGUAAUUAUCAUCUAAUCCUUGAGAAUAAGACCUGGUAUGAAGCUCAGCAUUACUGUAGACAGAGAUACACUGACCUGGUCAGCAUCAGAGAUCAGCAGCACAAUGAAGAGGUGAUGAUUAAAGGGUUAAACAGCAGCACACCCUUCUGGAUCGGCCUGCUGUGUGAUGACUGGCAGUGGGUUGAUGGAGGAAUCUCUGCCUAUAGAAACUGGGAGAGCAAUCAACCUCUACCACAAGACAACAGUGAGGCUCAGUACAAAGCUCUGUGUCACAUCAGAUGUGUCAGCGGACCAGAGGACACCUUCAGCUCAGAGAGACGGUUUGGUCCAAGCCCCACCCACAGAGACCCUGGAGGGACACGUCUCCUCAUGACCUCAGACUCUAACUUCUGCAGCGACCAUAACGCCAUGACGCAGGGGCACUUCAUCUUUUACCUGAAGAAGGUUAAACCUUUCUUCCUUUUUUCUGUAAAUGAUGCACAUAUCAGCUCAUCAGCUCCUGUUGACCUUGAACACGUGAUCAUGUGGAUGUUAAAGGGGUUCGAAUUGACCGUUAAGCCUCCAUUCAGCAGCGAGCAGCUCAUCAGGCUACACCACACCCUGCUGUGUGAUAACUGGCAGUGGAGUGACGGAGGAAUCUCUGCCUACAGAAACUGGGAGCGCAAUCAACCUCAACCACAAGAAAACUGUGCAGCAGUGAGAGGAGAGAGAUGGUACUCAGUCCCUUGCAGUAAUCAUCAAUCUGCUUUGUGCUACAACAAUUACAUCCAUGUGAGUGAAGAGGCUCUGAGCUGGGAGAAAGCGCUGGAUUACUGUGAUAAAGGGAACAGAGCUGGAUUGUUGCAGAUUGAGUCUGAACAUGACCAGACUGAUCUGGAGAAUGAGCUCAGAAGGAGGCGUGUCUCUGAGCCUGUGUGGGUGGGGCUUAGACAGAGCCAGCUCUUCGGGUUCUGGAUUUGGCCUGAUGGGAAAGCUGUGUUUCCGUACUCCAACUGGGAUGAAGGGAAACAGCCUGAGCAUCAACUCUCUCAGCACUGCGGUGCCGUCGUUCCACAGAGCUACAGCUGGAAAGACAUGAACUGUGAGGCUCAGUACAAAGCUCUGUGUCACAUCAGAUGUUCUCCAUGA